AUGGAACCAGGAAAUGAAUCAAGAAUUUCAGAAUUUCUUCUUCUGGGACUUUCUGAGAAACCCACAUUACAGCCUCUCAUAUUUGGGCUUUUCCUCUCCAUGUACCUGAUCACCAUCAUUGGAAACCUGCUCAUCAUCCUGGCCACCAUCUCAGACUCCCACCUGCACACUCCCAUGUACUUUUUUCUUGCCAACCUGUCCUUUGUGGACAUCUGUUUUAUCUCCACCAGUGUCCCAAAGAUGCUGGUGAAUAUCCAGACACAGAGCAAGGUCAUCACCUAUGCAGGCUGCAUCACCCAGAUGUAUUUUUUCAUAGCUUUUACAGGAUUGGAUGCCUCCCUCCUGACCGUGAUGGCCUAUGACCGGUAUGUGGCCAUCUGUCUCCCCUUGCACUACUCAGUCAUCAUGAACUCCUGGCUCUGUGUGUUGCUGAUUUUGUUGUCUUGGAUCACGAAUGUCCUGAACUCAUUAUUACAUAGUUUAAUAGCAUUGCGGCUGUCCUUCUGUACACCAUUAGAAAUCCCCCACUUUUUCUGUGAACUUAACCAGGUGGUCCACCUUGCAUGCUCUGACACUUUUAUCAAUGACGUGAUGAUUUAUUUCUCAGCUGUGGUACUGGUUGGUGGUCCCCUCAUUGGGAUCCUUUACUCUUACUAUAAGAUAGUUUCCUCCAUCCGUUCAAUCUCAUCAGCUCAGGGGAAGUAUAAAGCCUUUUCCACCUGUGCCUCUCACCUCUCUGUUGUCUCCUUAUUUUAUUGUACAAGUCUAGGAGUGUAUCUUAGUUCUGCUGUUAUCCAAAAUUCACAAUCAAGUGCAAGAGCCUCGGUAAUGUACACUGUGGUCACUCCCAUGCUGAACCCCUUCAUCUACAGUCUGAGGAAUAAAGACAUAAAAAGGGCUCUGAGAAGUUUCCUUUGCAGGAAAACUAUCAAAGGAUCAACUGUCCUGCUAUUGAAGAAGUGUGCUUGUUAG